AUGCACAGACGCUCGUCUGGCUCUCUGGUCGCGGACGACUCUGACAACUCUUCCCCCAUACGCGCCUCCGACGAUCAUGGGACGGGUCCGGGCCUGGGCAAUGUCACCGAGUCCUCCAACGAGAAAUCGCACUCGAACAUAGCUCGCCACGGUACCAGUUUUGAUCUACGCCGAGAUAACGGUCACUCCACGCCGCGAUCGCGGAAUUCCAGUGUCUGGCGCAACCCUGCUACGCAGCUCUCGACCGACGUCAAGACAAUGCCUCCUCCGGGAUCUCCGCGACUGCCCAUGGAGGCAUCCUCCCCCGAGAGUCGCCGCGCGCGUCAAUCGAGUCUGCGCAGUCCCUGGUCACUCUCCAUCCUCACAGCCUUGACAACACUGUGCGCUCUCGCCUUUCUGGCCUCGAUUGUCAGCUCCUUUGCCACUCGACAGCAAGGGGAAGCCGGAUGUGGUGUACCCAUGAUGAGUCCAACCUUCAUCCGCAUGUUGGAAUUUGACACAGAACAUACCCGUUUCGCCAGCAAAUACAAUCUAUUCUUGUACCGGGAGGAGGGCGUCGACCCCUAUACACAGGAUAACAUCGGGCUCAAUGGCGUCCCUGUGCUUUUCCUGCCCGGAAAUGCUGGGAGUUAUCGGCAGGUUCGCUCUUUGGCCGCCGAGGCUUCGCGACACUAUUACGAUGUGGUGGGUCAUGACGAAGCCCGACACGCCGCCGGAGUGCGCAGCCUCGACUUCUUCAUGAUGGACUUCAAUGAGGAUAUGGCAGCCUUUCAUGGGCAGACCUUGUUGGACCAGGCCGAAUAUGUCAAUGAGGCCAUCUCAUACAUUCUGUCACUCUACCACGACUCCCGUCGUACUCGCCGUGACCCGGGCCUACCGGACCCCAGCGCCGUCAUUCUGAUCGGACAUUCGAUGGGCGGGAUUGUCGCGCGGACCACCUUGACUAUGGCAAACUACCAGGCCAAUUCGGUAAACACCAUCAUCACCAUGUCCACACCACACGCGAUACCCCCGGUGUCCUUUGACUCGGACAUUGUCCACACCUACAAGCAAAUCAACGAUUACUGGCGAGAAGCAUAUUCGCAGACGUGGGCCAACAACAACCCGCUCUGGCACGUUACCCUGAUCUCGAUCGCGGGUGGCGCACGCGACACCGUCGUGCCAUCUGACUACACAAGUAUCUCCUCCCUCGUCCCCGAGACCCACGGGUUUACCGUCUUCACCUCCUCCAUGCCCAAAGUUUGGAUCGGCAUGGAUCACCUGUCCAUCACAUGGUGCGAUCAGUUCCGCAAGGCCAUCAUUCAGUCGCUUUUUGACAUUGUCGACACUCGUCGUCCAUCGCAGACCAAGCCUCGGGCGGACCGGAUGCAACUCCUCAGGCGGUGGUACCUGACUGGUCUUGAGUCCGUUGCGGAGCGAACCCUCUCGCAAAAGGAGCCAGACACGCUUCUGACGCUGGAAGACAACGCGAACACUAUCCUGUCUCAGGGCCAGCGACUGGUUCUCCGGCAACUGGGUCAGCGACACGGCCCUGAUGUGCGCCUUUUGCCUAUCCCACCCCAGGGUGUCUCUGGCAAAAAGUUCACCCUCCUUACUGAUCAAACUUUUGACAAACAAGGCCACAUCGAGGUUCUUUUCUGCAGUGUGUUUCCCUUGAGUAAUGGCAGGUCCACGGUGUUUUCCAUGAAUUUGGACUUUUCUGGGGGCACUGUGGGCUCGACUCGAUUGGCUUGCAAAAGCGCUGCCGAGGAUGUCAUAUUUUUGCCCGCGUCAAGGGCAAACUCACAUUUCCCUUACGAUCGCGUGCCCCCAUUCUCGUACCUUCAAUAUGAUUUGGAAGAUCUGGCAGAACAUCAGUUUGUGGCUAUUGUGGACAAGGCAAACGUGCCCUCCGCGGGUUUCUUAGUGGCCGAGUUUUCCGACAGCUCGGACGCGGUAAUCCGUGCCAAGGUCGGGUUGGGCAGUCUGCUGAGUGCGGGCCUGAAGAUGCGCUUGCCAGCGACUCGUCCGAUGCUCACUGAAGUCAACAUCCCCGCAUUGUACUCCAGUCUGCUCAACUACAAGCUGAAGAUUGAGCGCAAACCGCAACAGGAGGAGCUCUUCGCUCCAUUGCUUCGUCAGUCAAUUCCCGACCCCCAUGAGUCCAAGUUCUUUGUCAAUGUGAAUGAUGUCAACGUCAACUUGCAUGGAAUCGCACCUUUCAUGCCGUCUCCGGUGCGCGAAUCUGUCUCUGCAGGGGGUGUGUCUUUCCAACUGUGGACGGACCCGACUCCGGGCGAAACGGUGGACAUCUCUCUGUCUAUCGACAUUCGUGGGAGUUUGGGUGAACUUGUCAUGCGCUAUCGGACUGUGUUUGCGGCCUUCCCACUUUUAGUCGUUGCAGUGGUCCUUCGCAAGCAAUUCCAGAUAUACGACCAGACCGGUUAUUUCAUCCCUUUCACCGAUGGCCUUGACCGGGCCAUGCGAUCCUCGUUGCCCCUCUUGCUGGUGGCCAUGUCACUUCUGGCGACGUCCCUAGCUACCACGAAAGCCCUGCCGCAAUCGGACGAUCCUUUUCACUGGCGAACCAAUUCCACCGAAACCCCUUUUGACUUUACCAAGAACGAUCUACUGCUCGGCUCCCAAGACGCUUUUUUCUGGUUCCUCGUCCCUGUCUUUGGUCUUGUCAGCAUUGGGGUUUGUGUUGUCGUCAAUUACCUUGCGCUCUGCCUCGUCACGAUUUUCUCGCUGGUGUACGGUGCCAUCAUUAGCAAGUCAGGCUAUAUCCGCCGAGAAGACCGAGGCAAUUCGACCGUCUUCACAGCUUCAACCCCCCGCCGUCGCGUGAUUCACACUGCCAUUCUGCUUCUGCUCGUAUCAACCGUCAUUCCUUACCAGUUCGCCUAUAUGGUAGCCUGUAUCGUGCAAUUAGCGACCACAGUGCGCAGCCAAUGGCACGCAAAGGAAACACGAUCGAUUUCUCACCUCAAUUUUAACAACUACGCCCAUUCUAUCCUAAUUCUGAUGCUUUGGAUUCUACCCAUCAACGUGCUCGUCCUCCUGGUGUGGGCCCAUAAUUUGGUCGUGCACUGGUUCAUGCCCUUUUCGUCACACCACAACGUCCUCUCCAUCAUGCCGUUCCUCCUUCUCGUCGAGACCAUGACCUCAGGCACUAUGAUCCCUCGCAUUACUACCCGUCUGCGCCAUGUGACGUCCGUCAUCUUCUUCGCCAUCGCCAUCUACUCGGCCGUCUACGGAGUCACCUACGCUUAUCUCCUCCACCACAUGGCCAAUCUUCUAGCAGCUUGGUUCGUGGGGAUCUAUCUCGUCGGCAGUGGCUUUUCACCGAGAAGGUUGUGGCGCAUCAUUGACGAUGAUGAAGCUCCAGAUAUCUCUGGAAAACAUGUUAAGAAGAAGCCAUGA